GUCCAACGCACGGCCCACGCCGCUCAUUUAGACGGCCUCGUCCACCCCGAGAUUCAGCUGCUGGCAGCCCUGGGGACGUGGGGGGAAUAUCCUGGGAACGUUCACCAUGAACUGAUGACGAAGUUUGGCGAUUCGCCCUUGCCCGAACCGUAUCAGUUCGAGAUCCCAGCUUGGGAUUCCAAGACCGCCAGCGCGCAGCAGAAAGUAUGUGCGGCACUACUUCCGCACGAAUGGUUCGCCUCGCUAUUCAAGCACCACCGCGAUGAGUUCGAUGAGAUUUUCGCCAUCGACAAGUUGCCGACUUUUUGGCAGAACACCUCCAG